CAAUCAGCAACAGCAGUAGUCUCGUGUUUCAACUCUCUCUUUACUUCUCUCUCUCCAUCCCUCCUUCCCCUAUCACUCCCUCACUUUAUCUUGCUCUCUCUCUCUCUCUCUCUCUCUCUCUCGCCCCCUCCCCGCAUACUCUCUCUCUUUUUUCCUCUCUCUCCUGUAUUCUCUCUCCUCUUUGCUUGUUGACAUUGUUGAGAUUAUUCACUCAUAACUCAGAGGACCCAACAUCCUAGCUGAGUCCAGACUGGAGCCAUGGCUCCAGAGAAGGAAAGCAAUGGUCUCGAAAACUACGCAUUUGCUGUAAGUAUGAACACAUUUAUUCCAGUGCUGGAGGAUUAUGUUGACAUUUGCUGCAGUGACUUGGAGUAAAGAUUAUGUUCAUAUUAAACCUAAAUAAAAGUUACUGGCUGUAAAGCAUAAACACUGUAACAUUUAGAUAUGUUUAUUUACACAAUAUUCAACAAUUAUAGUUUUCGUAGUAUGGGAGAUGAACAUGUGCGAGUGCCACCUAUUACAGGUACAAGUUUUGAGGGAACACAUGUAAUGCACAUUCUGCACAUAGAUUAAUGUGUAAACUCAAACAAAGAAAGAAAUUCCCAGUGAUUUUCAGCCUGGGUGAUAUAUUGACCUCUUCCUCUUAACUAAUUACCAUAUCAUAACACAUGUGGUACUCUCCAGAUUGCAAUGCACUAUCAUACUGUAACUGGCUACAAUAGUAAGUUAAUCAUUUCCAAGAAGUCAGAGUGAAUUCCUUUGAAUGGGUCUUGUUUAUAUGAACGCUAUUUCAACCCAACAGUCACAUGAAUACCUUGAAAUAAGAGGAUUUGUGCUCUAGUAUGGGUUUGGUGGAGCAGAAUGAAGCUGCUCAUUCUUAGUAGGCUGAGAAGUGUUGUUCCACUGGGAUGAUCACCUGACCCUCAAUCAGUCCCUCAUGCAUAACUUACUUAUAAUGGCUCUCUGGUGCAAAUCAUUGACUGCAAAAUUACAGGAAACAGUAAGGGGCAAGAAGAAACUUGAAGGAUACUAGGUUUCUAUGUGAGUUGUUGCAAAUGUUGAUUUGUUGACAAACAUAUUUCUGAUAAAAUUGAUUUUGUCCAUGAUAGCCCUGAAGAUCGUGUGUUGCUAAUGCGGUAACACUUCAUUUAGGUACACAUAUUAGCCACUCAUUUGUAAUUUAUAAGUGUGUAUAUAAGUAGCUAAUAAGGCCUUUAUUAUCUGCAGAAAUAUUGUCCAGAAAUGACCUCAUUGUACAGAAAGUGGCACACCUCCCCAACCCCAUGAUCAAAAGUAUACGUUUGCCUGAAAUAAAGGAUUUGUAUAGUUUAAUGAGAUAAGACAUUUAUUCAUAUUAUAUCAUAUACUGUAUGCUAUACAGCCAACAUUCAAGUCAAAUAUGACAUGAACAAUUAGCAACUAAACCUCGAUAGUGUAAGAAUGACCACAAUGUAUUAGCACUAUUAAUAGCGAGAAUACAGUGUUCUCCAUAUGUAUUUGGACAGUGAAGCUAAAACUUUUCCUUUGUAUUUGAACAGCCUGUGACUCACUUAGGGGGGAGUUUGCUCUUAAUGAUUUUGAUGCAUUAUGAUUAUGUGCUUGUACAGGAGGUGUGAACAUUAAAUUAACACGAGUUAAGAUUAUCAACACCUUAAGCAAACUUAAAACAGUCUACACACAUCUCUGAGUGAAUCUAUUCAGCAAGCACUGAUAGGCUGGCUUUGGUGCACAACUAUAAGUGACAUGGGUUUCCAGAAUGUCUUAACAAAACACUUUCAGUAAAUCAUUUAAAACCCCUAUGGGUGAUAGUAGCUACCCCUUUCCUGCAGUAAAUGACCAAAUGCGCCCUCUUUGGCCUCAUGGGUGGAAUGUUAUUAAUAUUUUUCAUAAUUUCAUCAUCAAUAAAUAUUAUUUAAAAAAAACAGAUGAAAAUGCAGUGUUUCUAUGUCAAACAGUUUUGCUAUAUUUAAGUCUUCUGUGAUGUAUAUAAAGUGUAAUAUUGGGAUGAAAACUUAAAAUCAAAUACAUUUCAACUCUAUAUCUGACAUGGUACAUGUGCCUUCUUUUUUUAAGCCCAUAACCAUGUGUGUGAGGUGUAUACUUUUGUUUCACAGUAGAUUUGUUUAAGACUACCAAGAAUCACUCUGUGUGACCCUGAUUUAGCCCACUGCAUUAACAUGUUUUAAGCCUAUGUUAUGAAUGAUAUUAUGCCUGUGUUAUGAGUGAAAUUAUGCCUGUGAGUGAAAUUAUGCCUGUGUUAUGAGUGAUAUUAUGUCUGUGUGCCCCAAUGAAUGACCCUGGUCUCUGUCCUGUAGAUUGAUGGGCGUUUCUGUGAUCUGGAGAAGGAUGGCGAGGGCUCCGACCCCUCUGAGGAGGACGACAAGAACCGACUGGCUUACUGUGUCACAGACGUCCCACCCUGGUACCUAUGCAUCAUCCUGGGCAUCCAGGUAGGUCCAAGCCCUACUCUGUCUUAUUGAAGGCUCACUGGUUGAGGUUGACCUGGCUGCAGCAGAGGAUGGGCCUCCUCGGGAUUCCAUUGAUUUGAUUAGGCAGCGUAAUCAAUUGGAUGAACAGUCAAAUAACCUAGUUUCUCAGGAUACAUUUGGGCUCAAAUUAAAAUAAAAGUCACCAAGUCACAUGAGGACCUCAAGAAUACAAUCUUAAAGAUUCAACAGCGGGAUUUUAGUUGAGGCUGAUGGCAAAUACUGUACCUGUACCUGUGAUUUCAGCUGCUCUUCUUAGCUUCAGUAUCCUCGGUGGGUUUAACCCUGGCUUCAGCAUCCUCGGUGGGUUUAACUCUGGCUUCAGUAUCCUCAGUGGGUUUAACCCUGGCUUCAGUAUCCUCGGUGGGUUCAACCCUGGCUUCAGUACCUCGGUGGGUUUAACCCUGGCUUCAGUAUCCUCAGUGGGUUUAACCCUGGCUUCAGUAUCCUCGGUGGGUUUAACCCUGGCUUCAGUAUCCUCAGUGGGUUUAACCCUGGCUUCAGUAUCCUCAGUGGGUUUAACCCUGGCUUCAGUAUCCUCAGUGGGUUUAACCCUGGCUUCAGUAUCCUCGGUGGGUUUAACCCUGGCUUCAGUAUCCUCGGUGGGUUUAACCCUGGCUUCAGUAUCCUCGGUGGGUUUAACCCUGGCUUCAGUAUCCUCGGUGGGUUUAACCCUGGCUUCAGUAUCCUCGGUGGGUUUAACCCUGGCUUCAGUAUCCUCGGUGGGUUUAACCCUGGCUUCAGUAUCCUCGGUGGGUUUAACCCUGGCUUCAGUAUCCUCGGUGGGUUUAACCCUGGCUUCAGUAUCCUCGGUGGGUUUAACCCUCUUCUUCCUCUCUUCCCUCCAUCCCCCUCUCUCUCUCUCCUCAGCAUUGCCUGACAGCGUUUGGAGGGAUCAUCGCCAUCCCUCUGAUCCUGUCUCAGGGUCUGUGUCUGCAGCACGACGGCCUGACCCAGGGUCACCUCAUCAGCACCAUCUUCUUUGUGUCAGGCGUGUGCACCCUGCUGCAGGUCACCUUUGGAAUCAGGUGAGGAGGGGAGCUGUGGUUGGUUGGACAUGGCUUUGGGCCAAUCAUUCAUCAGCAACAACAGAGUGACUGUUGACAUAAAGGGGAAGAAAAUAACAAAGGGCCCAAACUUUAUUUGGUCAAUGAAGAUUGACCUUAAAAAGAUAACCUCUUGUGAAGGUGGAGCCACCCAUGAUAUAUGGAAACACCAUGAAGGUGGAGGGCGAGGCUUGGCAUCUCCUUGUUGUCUUGUCAUGUUGGAAUCAAAACAAAGUGCCAUGAAUUCCAUGAAAUCAAUAUACUUUAAAACUAAUAAAACCAAGUCCAAACUGUGUAGAAAUAAUAAUUGACCUACAUUAAUACAGUUUCUUGACUGUGUCCAGCUCACUAAUAAUCACCAAAUUGAAAGCAAGAAAAUUGCCAAAACUAUGGAUAGAUAGCUUGACGGUGAGGUAAUAUUAAUGUAGCGCAGCCCUCCAGACCUUGUUGAAGACCGAAUGAAGCCCCCGGAGCAAAAUUAGUUUGACACCCCUGAAGUAGAUUCUUAAGUUUCCUUCUAAGCCUCUGCUGACCUUUGGAGUAUGUUUUUCAGAUCUGUGUGAUGCAUUUGCCUCACACAAUAGGUUAUUAUGCAGUGGGCACUGGGGCUUUAGGUUAUUAAAGCAUGCGCCAUUAUUGUGCACUAGCUAGAGCUUAGUAUGGUAUGCAAGUGCACACUUUCUCUCAGAAACAUCUAUUUUCUGACUGAGGAUGGCAAACGAGAGUUGUUGUUCUAUCUAUGGUGUGCUGUAAGCAAGGUGUUGUUCUAUCUAUGGUGUACUGUAAGGCCAUGUAUGGCACUUCCCAACUGCCCAGGUCCAACCAAAACCUGACCCAGAGUUUUGCAUCAUAACAUCAUAAUAGGAUUAGGUAGGAAUUUCCAUUUUAUUAGGUCGAUAAACUAGCUCACAUUAAGUCCACAUUCCUGCAGGCAAAGACCUACUGAUACUUUCUUGUCUUUCUCCAAAAGCCUGGAGGUCAGCUGUGAGGAAAACAAUGGAUGUGUUGAACUCGCUAGUAGGGAGCAAAACUCCAGCACAACCCUGAUCAGGCUAUGAGAUGUGACACAUUUAUACGUGUGUCAGUUAGAAACGUACAUUUAUAUGUGUCAGUUAGAAACGUAGCUAAUUAUAUUGUAAUGCCAUAGGAGUAAACAUUUACAAACAGAAAAAUGAUCAGUUCACUGUAUUUAAUGGGUCCAUUGUCAUUACCGAUCCAUCUGUCAUCAGUAGUAUAUUGAAAAUGGGGCCUAACGUAUCAGAGGAUUGAGACACACACACCAGAUAGUCAUUAUAUUAACCUGUAGGAGUCUUGAUUGGAAAGACAUGGUUUUUACAUAACCUCCUCACAAGAUUUGAAUCAGCCUUUCAAGGCCUAAAAUUAGAUCUAGAGAAACAAUGUGCUGUGUGAGUCAGGCAGGCCAUGCUGUUUGGACCUGGAGGCUGCGUGUUUUGGAUCGGGUUAGCUAAGGACCUAUACUUUGGCUUGGAGUCGAUUGAGACUGUUCUCUACGGAAAGAAAGGAGGGGUUGAUUCCUAAAAGGCAACCUUUGAUUGGAUGAUGUUACAGUAGUGCUCUGCAUCUCAGCUCAAUACCAACUACUUAUAACGACACAGGAUGAGACCCAGGAGGCAGAUGGUUUGAGUCUCUGAUAUUUAUUAAUAGACAAGGGGCAGGCAAGAGGCAGGUCGAGGACAGGCAGAAGUUCGUAAAGCAGGUCAGAGACAGAUAGGUACAGGACGGCAGGCAGGCUCGAGGUCAGAGCAGGCAGAAUGGUAUGGCAGACGGGCUCAGGGUCAGGGCAGGUAGAAAUGGUCGGAACCGGGAGGACUAGAAAACAGGGACUGGAAAACAGGAGCAUGGAAAAAACGCUGGUAGGCUUGACGAGACUAGACGAACUGGCAACAGACAAAAAGAAAACACUGGGAUAAAUACACAGGGGAUAAUGGCGACAAAUGGGAGACACCUGGUGGGGGGUGGAGACAAGCACAAGACAGGUGAAACAGAUCAGGGUGUGACACUACUACUGUACAAGUCUGUUUCGGAUGAUACUACAAAGCAAAGGGAUUUAAAUUAAUCCUAAUUCACUGUGAAAUUGAUCAUGGGGAUGAAUUCCUUAUGUACUAGUCUCUAGACAGAACAUCUGAUCUUUGCAAUUUGUGAUUUCAGACAUCAUACUUCCCCCCCCCUCUCUCUUUCGCUCUCUCUCCCUAAUCUGUCUAUCCCUCAGACUGCCCAUUCUUCAGGGGGGUACUUUCACCUUGCUGGCUCCCUCCAUGGCCAUGCUGUCGAUGCCAGAAUGGACGUGCCCUGCCUGGACCCAGAACGCUUCCAUGGUCAACACCACCUCUCCUGAGUAUGUAGAGGUGUGGCAGAGCCGCAUGCGAGCGGUGAGUGACACACUUACUACACACACAGAGAGACAGAUAGACAGAUAGAGAGAGAGAGAGAGAGAGAGAGAGAGAGAGAGAGAGAGAGAGAGAGAGAGCAGAUAGAGAGAGAGAGAGAUAGCUAUAUCUCUAUCGCGAGAAAGAUAUCGAUAUAGAGCGAUACGCGCUAUCUAGAUCUGAUAGCUAUCUCUCUCUCUCUCUCCUCGAUCUCUCUCUCUCUCUAUCUCGCUAUCUCUCUCUCUCUCUCUUCUGUGGCAUGGCGCGGCGCUUGUAAUGCCAGGGUUCGAACCACCCAUACAUACUGAAAAAUGUAUGUCCCUUUGGAUAAAAACGUCUGCUAAUGGCAUAUACACUGAGUGUACAAAACAUUAGGAACAACUGCUCUUUCCAUGACAUAGACUGACCAGGUGAAUCCUUAUUGAUGUCACUUGUUAAAUCCACUUCAAUCAGUGUAGAUGAAGGGGAGGAGACAGGUUAAAGCAGGAUUUUUAAGCCUUGAGACAAUUGAACAUGGAUUGUAUAUGUGUGCCGUUCAGAGGCUGAGUGGGAAAAACAAAAUAUUUAAGUGCCUUUGAACGAGGUAUGGUAGUAGGUGCCAGGCGCACCGGUUUGAGUGUCUCAAAAACUGCAACGCUGCUGGGUUUUUCAUGCUCAACAGUUUCCUGUGUGUCUCAAGAAUGGUCAACCACCCACAGGACAUCCAGCCAAUUUGACACAACUGUGGGAAUCAUUGGAGUUAACAUGGGCCACCAUCCCUGUGGAAUGCUUUUGACACCUUGUAGAGUCCAUGCCCCAACAAAUGGAGGCUGUUCUGAGGGCAAAAGGGGGUGCAACUCAAUAUUAGGAAGGUGUUCCUAAUGUUUUGUACACUCAGUGUAUAUUAUAGAGAGAGAGGGAGAGUUUAGCCACGUUUGACCAUUUCUAUAGGAUUUCCUGUAUUACUUGUGGUUAUUGAUUGUGUGUAUAUGCCUAUGUGAUUUGUGUGUUGUUCCUCUACAGCUGCAGGGCUCCAUUAUGGUGGGCUCCUUGUUCCAGGUCCUGGUGGGUUUCUCUGGCCUCAUCGGUCUCUUCAUGCGUUUCAUUGGCCCCCUCACCAUCGCACCCACCAUCUCUCUGAUUGGCCUGUCCCUCUACGACUCAGCUGGAAUGAAUGCAGGGAACCACUGGGGCAUCUCAACUAUGUGUGUACCUCUUAGUAUGGUUAUUUAAGUCUGAUUUAUGGGUUUUACUCCAAAACCCCCACAAGCCUGUAGUCAUCAACCCUUGACUUGGAGAGCCAUAAGGUGUGCAGGUUUGUGUUCCUGCCCAGCAUUAAAACUCCAGAUUCAAUGAAUCGGCUGUAGUUAGGGUGGUAACAAAAGCAUGCACACCCUCUAGCUGUGCCAGACCAGGUUUGGCGUAAGCUAUAAAUUCAUGCAUGUCAUAGGCUACAUACUGUAAGAUGGUACCCAUGCUAAGUGCAUAACUAGAGGGUGCAUUCUGCUUUGUGAACAGAGUUAUUCUCUUUCCUACAGGACGACUGCUCUGAUCAUCCUGUUCUCCCAGUACCUCCGACACAUCCCUGUACCAUUCCCCACAUACAGCAAGACCAAGAAACUCCACACCUCCAAGAUCUACAUCUUCCAGAUUCUACCAGUAAGUCCAUUGGAAAAUUAAGACUCAAAGCUGUUCACUGUUCUCUCAAGCCCUUAUAUAGGGCCCAGAGUUUUCCCUGGUCAGUUUCACUGGUCUGGAAUAACUCCUGGUCCUAAUAAUGACUGGUGUGAUAUAUUUACAUGUACUGUAUGUGACGUCUUCCUCAGGUGCUCCUUGGCAUCACACUGUCAUGGCUGAUCUGCUACAUCUUCACCAUCUCUGAUGUCCUGCCCUCACAGCCGGAGCAGUACGGCUACCUGGCUCGCACAGACCUGAAGGGGGAUGUCAUAGUCCAGGCCCCCUGGUUCAGAUUCCCAUAUCCAUGUACGAGGCACAGCUGCUCAGGGGGAAUCAUAAGCAACAACUCCAUAACCUGACAAUCAGAUGUUUGGAGAAGUUUUUCCUGGUCUGGUCACAUGGUCAGGUCACAUGGUCAGGAAAAACUCAGGGCUUAUCACCUAUCCUAACCCUAACCCUAACCUUUAGUACUAUAUGGGUAACAAAUAUGGAUGGUUUAUUGAUAUGCACAUUAUUAGAAAGACCCUAAUGUAUUAUAAAUUAACUGGACCACCUGAUUCUGAUUCCAAACUCAGGUCAGUGGGGCUUACCAACUGUGAGCCUGGCGGGAGUGGUAGGGAUCUUGGCUGGGGUGAUAUCCUCCAUGAUAGAGUCGGUGGGGGACUACCACGCCUGUGCCAGGCUGUCAGGGGCCCCUCCUCCACCCAAGCAUGCCAUCAACAGGGGCAUUGGCAUCGAGGGGCUUGGCUGUCUGCUGGCUGGAGCCUGGGGCACGGGCAACGGAACCACCUCCUACAGUGAGAAUGUGGGAGCAUUGGGGAUCACCAAGGUGAGAUGGGCUAUUUUUCAAUAUAGGAUCUGUUUUUAGAUGUUAAACUGAGCUGAAUCAAUAUUUCUUGGAAGAUGGAAGGUAUAAAGCGAUUGGCUGUGAACAGUCUCAACAGACAAUGUUCUCUUUUCUUACAGGUUGGCAGUCGAAUGGUGAUCGUUGCUGGUGGCGUCUUGCUGAUCAUCAUGGGACUGUUUGGUAAAAUUGGGGCCAUUUUCACCACCAUCCCCACACCUGUGGUUGGAGGAAUGUUCUUGGUCAUGUUUGGCGUCAUAUCUGCAGCUGGAGUUUCAAAUCUGCAGGUAAACUCCUGUGGAGACUCAAACCGCUUUGGACAGUUACCUAGGUUUAUUUACACAUUGUUAUUGUACAAUGGCCAUUCUGAAGACAUUUUGCAUAUGAAUGCUUUUUCAUUCAGGUCUUUACUGACUAGUAGGGUAGCAAAAUUCAGGUAAAAUUCUCAGGUUUUCCAGAAAUCCCGGUUGAAAUAUUCCUGGUAUCAGGAGGGAAUAAGCAGGAUCUCCGGGAAUCCUCCAACCAGGAUUUAUGGAAAAUAUGGGAAUUUUGGGAAAGUUAUCGGAAUUUUGCAACCCUAAUGACUGGUUGAUUCUGUUUCUUUGUCAACUCCUCUCUCCUUAUCAUUUGACAGUAUGCAGACAUGAACUCCUCCCGGAACAUUUUUAUCUUUGGAUUUUCCAUGUUUUCCGGGCUGGUUAUUCCAAACUGGAUAUUCAAGAACCCAGAUGCCAUAGCAACAGGUAUCAGAGCAGAUGACGCAUGAAACACUGUAAAACAAAACAUUCAAACUUCUUUACAAAAAAGCUUGGGGAAAAGCUCCACAGAAUAUCAACAUGGAGAUCUAAGGUUCCUCUAGUAUGUGAAUUAGCCCAGUGUGAUGAACUGUAUUCUCUUUGUCAGGUGUGGUCGAGCUGGACCAACUGCUGCAGGUGCUUCUGACAACCAGCAUGUUUGUUGGAGGCUUCUUUGGGUUCUUCCUUGACAACACCAUUCCUGGUAAGCUUCCAUCCAGGAAGAAGGGGGAAUAUCUAUCCAACUGUUUCACAUAGAGUAAUGAUUAGGUAAAGAGUAGACAUAUUCAAUGUUAGUUAAUCUCCUCCCCAGACCUCAAAAACAUUAUACAUAUUCCCUAAGAUUCACAAGUCUCUGUUAUAGGUGAGUUGAAGCAUUCUAACGCCACUGCUUUGGGUCACACAGGAACCAAGCGGGAGCGUGGCAUCAUAGCCUGGAACAAGAUCCACCUGAACGACUCCAGCAACACCUUGGAGAGCAGCGAGGUGUACAACCUUCCAUUUGGAAUCAGCUCUUGCCUCUCCUCCUACACCUGGGUUCGAUAUGUGCCGUUCCUCCCUCUGAAUGCACCCAGCUCACAGGACAAGCCCGGGGUGGACUCUUCGGAGACCCACAAGCAGCCUGGGAAGCCAGAGCCCUCACAUAUCAUCAGAUCAGUGGCCUUAUGAACACAGAGCAAGCCCAGACUCUGGCUAAAACAACAAGAAGAACAAUAACAAAGGCAGCUCUCGUGACAUGGACCUCCUGUCCUGCUCUGAAGACACUGUAAAAGAACACUAUCCAUACUUAUUUAAUCAAACAUUUUCUACUCACUUAUUGGCCAAAAUCAGAUCAGCAGUAACACGUGUUAACCAACAAACGCAUAGCUUUUCAUUGCUUUUGUUUAGGCAGUGUCGGAGGUGUAACUGCAUUAGAGCGGUAAUAAUCCACAAGCGGCUCCUGGCGUUACCUAUCACAGACGUUGCCAUUGGAUGCACCCAGUAGCAUUAGUAGAAAUCACAUGCAGCCACGUUACAAGUUCAAACACUGGAAUGU